CGUGUGCGGAACAUGGUUUUUGCUUUCCCAACGUGAAACCUUACCUCUGUUUUUGCUCGGACGACCAGAACUUCGCUAAUGACUACACGGGAAUGAGCUGUGAAACUCGCAUUGAUAAUUGCGCCGUAGACAAUCCGUGCAAAGGCCGUGGUCUUUGCAUAGACGGGGUGCUAACAUACACCUGCAAGUGCUUUAGUCGAUAUUAUGGAAAGCAUUGCCAAAAUGACACUUGUCCAACCAGCCCGCAAGGGGAUCGAGACUGCUCAAACGCAGCACCCGUUUGUAGCCCAACAUGUGGUUCACACGGAGUAUGCGUUAAUUCCCACUGUCAAUGCAGCCUAGGAUUUACAGGACUAGAUUGUCUCUCGCGAUCUGGAGUACAUUCCAAUGCUCCUAUUAUAAAGUUUAUUGAUCCAACCCUUAAGAAUGGAGGCAAGCUCGUUUGCUAUUUGCAUAUGAAGGCAAUUCAAAAUUGCGAAUUACAGGUUUUCAUCCAAACAAAGACUGGACAACAACCAACGCUCACAGUAUCUAGUUCACCUGCACUGAGCAAUUCUACAUUUUCUCCAGUAAAUACAACGUUGACAAUUGAAGGACUGGAUAAUGUGUUUGCAAGUUUAAUAUCGGUGAAAGGGACAUUGAAUAUGAAUGAAAGAUCUGAACAGUAUAUCUGCGUAGAUGCUAACAUCGGCAAUCAAGUGAGCUCUGUUAUGCCCGAGGUGAUAGUACAAAGACCUCAGCAGGACGAACAUGCCUGUGUUAGUGAGAUUGGAUUUGAGUUUGCAACAGAUGGACAACAUGACAUUUGCUUCAUGUCAGCACCUUUGGUGAUACCGGGAUACGUGAGCGCUCAUUUAGAAGAUACAGCUAUUAAAAUUACGCCGUUAUCCGCCCCUGGAAGCUUUUUGUCCUCUGCCUCUUUUCUUCCCGUUGAAGUUGGAGAUUUUGUUAUGUGUCUCCAAACGCUCAAUAAACAAAGAAUAAACAAGGACGAGGUAUGCAUCAAGAUCCACGUCAUCGAUGGUGUAUCGUACGUUUACGGCGACUCGACUAAGCCACACUUCAUCCUUCCGAGCCUUCAACCGUACUCCAAGACAGAGUGUAAGGAAGGGACCUCCUGUCAUGUCAUUUAUACUGUAACGCCUGGAGUCGGACACGAGCUUUCAUGUGUCGACGUCAAGGUUGAGAAAGCAGAUAUUGAACAUAUGCAUGUAUUCUCUGACUGCGACCCAUGCAUUGAAGGGUCGUCCACCAACGGAAACUGUACGGUUGACCUGGCGUUCAGACCGGACGUGGGGGAUACAGGGAAUAAGCUGAUUUGUCUGGCAACUGCCAGGACCGUGGGACAGAUACACGGUGAAGAUAGGUGUUUCACUGUGUCUGUACUUGCAACUGCUGAUGUCUCAGGCACCUCGCCAGCAAUGCUAAGUUCACACACUGAUUCCACAUCAAAUCCCCCUUUUCUGGUGGAUUUCACAAAUUUAAGGUGCUCCAAUUCACGGAGGUCGACAGUAGAGGUUGGUGUGGGCUUUGUGACUCCGAAUCUGAUUGUUGAAGACAUACAGUUGAAUGGCACCUCUGACUGUAAGACUGGUACCGUGAAGCUCAUUGCAACAGAGACUGGUGAACAUAGAUUUUGCAUUCAAUCCAUCAAACAUGGACAUGUGGAAGAUGAGAUAUGCCCAACAGUUAAGAUUUCAGAUCGUGAAUCCGCAGCUAAGGUUGACCCGCUGAAGCCGUAUUUCUUACCACCGACAUACGAAACAGACGUGAUAAUUUCCUGCAAUAUGAAUAAUCCUUGCUUUAUCACUGCUUACUUUACUGACGGCGCAAAGUUAAAUCUUCCGAAUACAUGCCCGAGCAUCAUAGACAGCAGCCCUGAGCUGGUGGAAGGGAUUCACGUGUUUGAGCCAGAACAGGUCACUGGAAAAUGUACCAGCGACAUAACUUAUAUUGCACCAUCCAGUAUGUCGACUGGAGACUCUGUUACACUGUGUCUCACGGUGGUCUUUCCAGGUAAGCGAGGAGAAGAACGAUGCUUCACAAUAACAGUAGAAAACAAUGUCGUUGAUAAAGUAUCGGGUCCUUGCAAAACAAUUACCUGUCACGGAGGCUCCAAAUGUGUCUCUGAUCUUAAUACCAACAACGGUCAGUGCGUUUGUGCAAAAGGCUUCAGUGGAGCAGAUUGCUCACAGGUUAUUUAUACUUCAAAAGACCUACCGGGUGUAAUAAACCCUCCUCCUUCUACACCAGACACGCCUCAUUUUGAUGGCUCAAAUGCCCUUCCUAAAACAAUCCAUUGUCAGUAUGGAAACCCAUGCACAAUUUCUGUGCCCUACAUUGGAGUUCCUAAUAAACCACCCGUGCCAGGCAAGUGUGACUUGAUAAUUAUCGGAAGCAGCACCAGAUCUCUAAGCAUAAGCAGCUUCAACCAUCCUUCCGAACACAUGCUUAUGACAUCCGUGAAAGCUCCUCCGGGAUCACAUCGCUGUUGUUUUCAAACCACAACAAACGGAACUAAAGAAGGGGUAAACGUUGACGAGAUUUGCCUUCAUGUGGAUAUUCAGCCACCAGUUUCAGAUACAUUGACUACGUUACCAACACCGUUCAACUCCAGUCACUCAACGUUUUCUCCUUCAAUGCCUUUGACCAACUCUAGUUUUCUGUGCCAACCAGACUCGUCCUGUCAUUUUAGUGUUUCAACUCAAAGCAACAAUGGUCAAUGCGACCAGGUGCGACAGUGUGGCAAUGGAUUACCUGGGUCAUAUGUUUUCACAACAAACUUAGUAGACAACGCCUGUGUAACGGACAUCAGCUACCAUACGUCUACCCCCACCGUCAUGCCGCUGUGUGUUGCGGCCGGGACAAAGGGAGAACAAAGAACUUUUCUGAUAGAAACAAAGAGAACUAGCGAUUACGGCAAGUGUCAAAAACUUCAUUGUAUGAACGGUGGGAUGUGUUUGUCCAGCGAGAUGUCCGCACGAUGUCUGUGUCCGCCCGGAAGAACGGGACAGGAGUGUUCUAUAGCUGUCGAUCAAUGCGGUUCUAGUCCUUGUCACAUAGACAGCACAUGUUUGGAUCAUGUGGAUGGAUACGAAUGCUUCUGUCCGUCCGGACGCACUGGAACUCAUUGUGAAAUAGACAUGUCAUGCAACUUUGAUAAGGCUACAUUUUGUUCUUGGCGCAAUGAACAAAGGUGGGAUAAUUUUGAUUGGACGCUUCAACGAAUGUCAACGGCUUCGAUGGAUACUGGUCCCGAUGCGGACCAUACGGUUGGCACAGCAAAUGGGACUUACAUUUAUAUCGAAACAAGUGCUCCGAGAAUUGUUAACGAGACCGCAUGGCUUGUCAGUCCGGUGAUAAGCUACAGGGAUGCUCAGGUUUAUUGUCUUCAUUUCUGGUACAACAUGUUUGGCGCUAGCAUAGGUACUCUGAACGUUUAUCUACAAUCUGUAAAUGGUACACACAUCCCAGCAAAACGCGUUUGGUCUUCGAUAGGGAAUCAUGGGCCAGUUUGGCGGUCUGCUAAAGUACAAAUCAUCCCUCACUCAGAUCUUAAGAUCGUUUUUGAGGGCAGUGUUGGUGACGGUUACGUUGGAGACAUUGCUUUGGAUGACAUCUCUUUUGCUGAUGGAUCAUGUGCACCAAAACCGACAACUGCCCCUGUCACAACAACACCAGUUACAACGUCGCUUUCAACUACGUCAUCCGGAACUUUAAACGGUUGCCAAGGCAAUCCAUGUAUUCACGGAGUGUGUUACGUCCAUCAAAACGAAUAUUUCUGUGUCUGUCAUGCCGGUUAUGGAGGACAAAACUGCCAGAUAGAUCAAGACGAAUGCAGUUCAUCUCCUUGCAAGAAUGGAGCGACAUGUGAAGAUGACGUUGACAAUUUCGUGUGCAAUUGUAAACAUGGCUAUGCAGGGAUAUUAUGUGAAACAGAAAUUGAUGAUUGUUUGUCAAAUCCAUGUUUGAAUGGCGGAUCAUGUUCGGAUGACGUAAACGGUUACACGUGCACGUGUGUGCAGGGCUUUGAUGGUGACCAUUGCGAAAACAUGCUGGACCCGUGCUUCUCCAAUCCCUGCGUAAAUGGAAAAUGUUUCUCCCAUCAUUCUCUGUUUCUGUGCAUCUGCCCAGCGCAUUUAACCGGGAAGUACUGCGAAAUGAGUCAAGACAUUUGUGCAUCCAUGCCUUGUUUAAACGGAGCUACCUGCUCUUCCCAUGAAGACACCUUAACGUGUAGCUGCUCUGAGGGAUUUGAUGGAACCAGAUGCGAACAUGAUAUUGACGAGUGUUUGUCAAACCCAUGUGCUUAUAAUGGUACUUGCGUUGAUGGAUUGGCAACAUUUAUGUGCCAAUGUCAGCCUGGAUACAGUGGAAAGCUUUGUAGUUCAAAAAUAAACGAGUGUGAGAGUUCACCAUGCAAAAACGGAGGUGUAUGUUUAGACCGGGUAAAUUCGUUCACUUGUAACUGUCCACUUGGAUUUGCCGGCGUCGUCUGCUCUGAUGGUAACGGUCCCACGUGUUUUUCUUGCGCUCAUCUCGGAAUGGCAGAGAAAUGCACUUCUAUAACUACAUGUCAGUCAGAUGAGGUUUGUGUAACUGAAACGUAUAAAAAAUCUGAUGGAUCUCGGAGAUAUAAUACAGGAUGUCUAAAAGCCAAUGUUUGUGUGUCCGGGUCUUCCGGUGACACCUGUACUCAUUGCUGUGCCUCGGAUUUCUGCAACCACCAAGGAUGUAGCGUAAUGGGACACGGUCUUCGAAGUGACCGCGGACCUUUGUGUCUAGACUGUGAUGACAUGGAAAACAUGGCCCUCUGCAAAAACAUAGCCCCUUGCGCCAAGGACGAAAUUUGCACAAUUUACGGAAGUCCUUUUACACACUACGACGGAAAGUGCGUGAGCAAGAACUUCCAGUGCCCGGGCGUGGCAUCCGCUGAUGGAUUCUGCAAGUCAUGUUGCGACCAGGAUAUGUGUAACACUAACUGCACCCGACCAGCCGAGGUCGCCAUUGUUGGAUAACAUUUGAUUUUCGACUUAAGCAAGGGAUUUUAACACCAAGGAGAAUCUUACCAUGACACAAAUGACUCCAAAUACACAAUGUCUACUUUGGUGCCUAUUGCGGAAUAGCGUUGGAAAGUCGAAUAUGUGACAUAAUGUUGAACUACAUAGU